UAAUAACAAUAAAUUAUCAGCUGUUUAACAUUAUAAAACAAAAUUCAAUAUUUAUAUUUUAAUAAAUUAAAAAAAAUUGAAGAGAAUAAUAAGUAAAUUACUAUUCAGAAAAUUUAUUUUAUGAACUUAAAGUGAAUUUAUAUACAAGAAACUAUUUUAAGUCAGAAAAAUGUUAAAUAAAAAAGUUUCAAGAAAUCAAGUAUUGGAUAGAAUGCACCGUGGUGUAGUUUGGACUUGCAUUGGGCUAACUUUAUAUGGAUCAUAUCUAUUGGGAUUAAGAGUUCAUCGCUAUUUUACUGUUAUUAGGCCAGCAAAACAACAAAAAGAACUGCAAAUGAUAGAGGAAGGAAAACAUCCCAGUUCAAGAACAACAAUUGAUAAAGCACCAGAAUUAAGAGCAUGAUUUGUAUAGCUGAAAUUUAUAAUUAAAUUUAAUUAAUGUAGUAAAAAAAAUAUAAUGGAGAAAAUUUGUAAAUAAAGUUGGCCGCCGGCAGGUUCUAAACCCUUCACUAAAAGGUGACAAUAUAUU